AUGGCGGCAGGUGCAACAGGUGUGCGAGUUGUAUUUUUCGGAGCCCACAAACAUCCCAGUUACGUGGUCGAAACAUGCUCCAUUCCUAGCAAAGAUGAACUUCGGGAGGGAGAGAUUUUAAUCAAGAUUUUAUACGCCACCAUUUGUUCCAUCGACAUAGAAGACAUCGAUGGAAAACGAGACGUUAAAAAGCCAUGCGUCCUGGGGCACGAGGGCAUCGGAGAAGUGGUCCACUCGAAGAGGGAGCGGGAUCCUUUCGUUCCGGGGGACAGGGUGACCUUCGGGAUGUCUCGAGACUGCGGGGAGUGCCAGAUGUGCCGAGCGGACAUGGGGGAGUGCUGCUCUCGGAGUGCCAGGUGUGGUUCCAUGGGGCUGAAGGAGGGCUCGGGACUGAGCGGCUGUUUUGCCACCCACAUGGUGCUCGAGAGGGGUGCCACUGUGGCACUGGUGCCAACCUGCGUGUCCAAUGCGGUGGCUUGCCCUGCCAAUUGUGCCCUCUCCACCAUAGUCCACGCUGUCAGUUAUGCCACAUCCAGCACCAAGCUCCCACAGUCUGUAGCCAUCGUACAGGGGGCCAACCUGAUGGGCCUGUAUGCCUGCGCCCUGCUCAGGGAGUCUGGUUUCCGAGAGGUCUACUGCCACGAUAUCUGUCGGGAGAGACUCAGGCUGGUGCCUAGGUUCGGGGGGAGACCUGUCCUGGUGGAGAGCGUACUAGAGGAGGGCUGUGGUGUUGCGGAGGGGGUGGCCGAUGUGGUGAUGGAUGUGUGUGGCAAGUGGGAUGUGGUGUCCUACGCCCUGCACUCACUGAGGCACAGGGGCAUGUAUCUGAUCGUGGGGAGCACACACUCCACCGGGGCCACCAUGGACCUACGCACUGUGCUCCGGAAGUGCAUCACCAUCAGAGGCAUCCAGAGCUACAAGGCAGAACACCUGCAGAAGGCCAUGGACUUCCUGUCCGCAACAGCCAACAAGUACCCCUACGAAUCGCUCAUCAGUUCCCCCUUCCCCCUCCAAGAGUUCCACUCUGCGGUGGUCACUGCUCGCACCAAGAGGUACUGUAGGACUGCCAUUGCACCACGCCUACACAGUCCCUGA